GUUACGUAUAAUACACGCCUACAGAAACUCCCGAAACUGCAAGAGGACGACAAGAGCGGCGUUCGUUCUCACUAGUAUGUCGAUUCCAUCGGGCUACACAUCCACUCCUGAGCCCGAAUGUUUAUCUAGACUAACAAGUGGAAUAUUCUUCAGUUGAUUUACCCACGAAGUUCGGGAGGCGUUUUAUUUGGUGUCCUGGACGUUGACCAAUCAGACAGCUGCAUGUGGAAGGUCUCAGCCAAUGAUGGAGGCCUGGCCAACAGCCUGGGUCCUACUUUUAACGCUAAUCGUUGAUUGGCUGGAAGCGGCUCAAUCGCGGGACUUCACUGUGAAGGACAUCAUCCUCCUCCAUCCAUCAACCACACCUCAUCCUGGAGGGUUCAAGUGCUUCACAUGUAAAGAUGCACCAGACAACUACGAAUGCAAUCGCUGGGCUCCGGACGUAUACUGCCCACGAGAGACCAGGUACUGCUACACCCUCCAUGUGUUGGACGUCCAGGGGAACACUGUGUCUGUGACCAAACGCUGCGUGGCCCUGGCCCACUGUCUGUCUACAGGCUGCACCCAGGACAACCAUGAAGGAUACAAGGUCUGCACUGCUUGCUGUGAAGGAAACAUCUGUAACAUGCAGUUGCCAAGAAACAAGACAGACGCCAUCUUUUCCACCACCUCUCUCCUCCACAGCAGUAACGGUCUACUCACACACUACUGGCUGCUCACUGGCUGUCUGAGCUCCACCGUCAUCAGCGCAAUGCUAUCCAACAGUCUAUGACAUCUAACACUCCUACCGUCAUCAGCGUCAUGCUAUCCAACAGUCUAUGACAUCUAACACUCCUACCGUCAUCAGCGUCAUGCUAUCCAACAGUCUAUGACAUCUAACACUCCUACCGUCAUCAGCGUCAUGCUAUCCAACAGUCUGACAUCUAACACUCCUACCGUCAUCAGUGUCAUGCUAUCCAACAGUCUAUGACAUCUAACACUCCUACCGUCAUCAGCGUCAUGCUAUCUAACACUCCUACCGUCAUCAGCAUCAUGCUAUCCAACAGUCUAUGACAUCUAACACUCCUACUGUCAUCAGCGUCAUGCUAUCUAACACUCCUGUCAUCAGCAUCAUGCUAUCCAACAGUCUAUGACAUCUAACACUCCUACCGUCAUCAGCGUCAUGCUAUCCAACAGUCUGACAUCUAACACUCCUACCGUCAUCAGUGUCAUGCUAUCCAACAGUCUAUGACAUCUAACACUCCUACCGUCAUCAGCGUCAUGCUAUCCAACAGUCUGACAUCUAACACUCCUACCGUCAUCAGCGUCAUGCUAUCUAACACUCCUACCGUCAUCAGCGUCAUGCUAUCCAACAGUCUAUGACAUCUAACACUCCUUCUGCAUGGUAGAGCAAGUAGAUGUACAGUUUGAUCACCAGAUAUUUGGUGUUAUAAUUUUAUGAAGUUGCUUUUCUGUUGUUUAAUCUAUUUUUUAACCGAGACAGUAUUGACGGAAUCUUCUAGAUUUUGUCUCAUCGUAAGAAGUUCUCCUGUUAUAUUUACUGGAUUCUAUGUGCAGUAUGUGAUAUAUGUACAUAGUAUUUAUUUUGUAUAAUACAUUUAACAAUUGUUAAAUACCUGUAGUUAACAUUGGAUUCAGGUAGAAUGAAAAGUGAACUAGGUUGCAGUGCAGUGUUUUUGUUCCUGGAGUCGUGUGAUUGGUUGGUUUAGGCUGUGUGCCCACCAUACCCAUGAGACUGAUGACUGAUAAUUUCCUCUCAACCCAUUGGCUAUCUGGCGCUGGAAGAUAUGACGUCAACCAUAACACUACAACGUUGUAAUGUUUCUGUAUUUCUUACAGUUCUGUCCAAUAGAAAGGUUGCCACUUAUUGAUUAGCAUGUCAUCUUGAGGAUGAUGGUCUAAACAUCCUGUACAGAUCCCAUAUACCAGGUUUGGUAUACAUUGUGUUCACCAUUAAAUGUAUUAUACCAGGUUUGGUAUACAUUGUGUUCACCAUUAAA